AUGGGGGCAUCUGAGAGCAAGAACCAGAGCCUGCCCCUCAGCCACUCUGGGGGGAAGCGUGAUGAGGAGCUGAUCCUGCCUCUCAACUCGUCCCUGAGCGUCACCCUGCACCAGGAACAGUUAAAAACCACCACGACGGCUGCUAUCAGCAAGGACUUCACCGAGGACCGCGUGUGGCUCAACGGGCAGGAGCAGGACACUGGACAGCUGCGGCUGCAGGCCUGCCUGCAGGAGAUCCGCCGUCUGGCCCGGAAGCGGCGCAGCGCACAGGACGGGGACAUGCUGCCCCUCAGCCUCAGCUACAAGGUGCACGUGGCAUCGGUGAACAGCUUCCCCACAGCUGCGGGCCUGGCCUCCUCGGCGGCGGGCUAUGCCUGCCUAGCCUACACACUGGCCCGGGUCUACGGGGUGGACAGCGACCUCUCGGAAGUGGCCCGCCGGGGCUCAGGCAGCGCCUGCCGGAGCCUGUAUGGGGGUUUCGUGGAGUGGCAGAUGGGGCAGCAGGCCGACGGGAAGGACAGCGUGGCCCGGCAGGUGGCCCCCGAGUCCCACUGGCCUGAACUCCGCAUCCUCAUCCUUGUGGUGAGCGCGGACAAGAAGCCGACCAGCAGCACGGCAGGCAUGCAGGCCAGCGUGGACACCAGUGCCCUGCUGCGGUUCCGGGCCGAGGCAGUGGUGCCCGCACGCAUGGCAGAAAUGGCCCGCUGCAUCCGAGAGCGUGACUUCUGCGGCUUCGCGCAGCUCACCAUGAAGGACAGCAACCAGUUCCACGCCACCUGCCUGGACACCUUCCCGCCCAUCUGCUACCUCAAUGACACCUCCCGGCACAUCAUGCAACUGGUGCACCGCUUCAACACCCACCACGGGGACACCAAGGCGGCAUACACCUUUGAUGCGGGCCCCAACGCUGUGAUCUUCACCCUGGAUGACACUGUGGCCGAGUUUUUGGCCGCCGUGAAGCACAGCUUCCCCCCUGAGUCGAACGGAGACACGUUUCUGAAGGGGUUGCCUGUGAGGCCCGUUCCUCUCUCAGACGAGCUGAAGGCCGCCCUAGCCAUGGAACCGGUGCCUGGCGGGGUCAGAUAUGUCAUUGCCACCCAGGUGGGGCCAGGGCCUCAAGUCCUGGACGACCCCCACACCCACCUCCUGGGCCUCGAUGGCCUGCCGAAACUAGCUGCAUGACCGCAGCACCUCGGGACCCACUGCCACUCAGGGAAGGGGUGCCUCGCAGGACUCAGCGGCUGGUGUGGCAGCUGGACCUGUUGGGACCUGAGACCGUCAGGGGACCGCAGCCUCCCGGUAGCUGGGAGUGAGUCCUCACCAAGUGCCUCAGCUGUCCCAGAAGUACCCAGCCUUGCAGGAUGGGACUGGGAUGGGGUGGAGAGCGGAUGUGUUGGGCUGAAGGGUUCCCUGACCAGCUCUGCCCCUGAGAUGUCCCAAGAUGGCCUGUGGAGCUGGCGCCUCCUGUGGGGUCGGGCCUCAGGGCCUCAGGAAACCCAUGGCCUCUGGGACAAUUGCCGCCCAAGAAGCUGCUGCCCAGAUGGGUAGAUCUUGAGCUCAGGCUGCGAGUGGGCGGGACAUUUCUAUAUAAAAAGCCCAGCCUGGCAGGCAUGGGCAUCUGGGGUAUGGGCACCUGGCCCCACUGACCUCGGGGAAUAAACGCAGUUUCGCCAA